UCUCAUUAUUGGUUUGCAUAGCUUGAUACCCAGUUACAAUAUUAGAAAUGGCCAGCACCCCUCAUGGCGGAAUUUUGAAGGACCUUGUUUCACGGGAUGAGCCGAUAUCAGGGCAGCUCAAGGAUGAGGCUGCGAAGCUCAAGGACAUUGUGCUCACAGAGCGUCAACUCUGUGAUCUCGAACUAAUCAUAAAUGGCGGCUUCAGUCCAUUAGAAGGCUUCAUGAACGAAGCUGAUUAUACAAGCGUCGUCGAUACAUUACGACUAUCUGACGGCACACUAUUUGCAAUGCCUAUCACUCUUGACGUGUCUUCUGCUGAUAUCGAGCGUCUCAGCAUAGUGCCUGGCGCUCGUAUUACUCUCCGAGAUCCUCGUGAUGACGAAGCACUUGCAAUUAUCACCGUUGAUGACGUUUACACCUAUGACCGCGUCAAGGAGUCUAUUCUUGUUUUUGGUGCCGAUGAUCCAGCACACCCUUCCGUCGCGUACCUCCGCAACCGCGUCAAACCUUUCUAUGUAGGAGGGAAGGUACAAGCCAUACAGGCGCCCUCACACUUUGAUUAUGUUGCUCUGCGAUACACCCCUACUGAACUCCGUGCCCACUUUAAAAAACUUGCAUGGCGCAGAGUUGUCGCUUUCCAGACCCGAAACCCGAUGCACCGUGCUCACCGUGAGCUCACUGUCCGUGCUGCUCGCCAACAUCAGGCGAACGUCCUAAUCCACCCUGUCGUCGGUCUUACAAAGCCAGGAGAUGUCGAUCACUAUACUCGUGUCCGCGUAUAUGAAGCCAUCAUGGCCAAGUAUCCGAAUGGAAUGGGUCACCUUGCGCUCCUCCCUCUCGCAAUGCGCAUGGCAGGUCCUCGUGAGGCAGUAUGGCAUGCAAUUAUCCGAAAGAACUUUGGUGCAACGCAUUUCAUUGUCGGUCGUGACCAUGCUGGACCAGGCAAGAACUCACAGGGUAAAGAUUUCUACGGCCCAUAUGACGCACAGGAACUUGUUGAGAAGUACAAAGAUGAAAUUGAAAUAGAGAUGGUUCCAUUCCAACAGAUGACAUACCUCCCCUCUACCGAUGAGUAUCAGCCGGUGGACGAAAUACCUGCUGGAGCGCAGACUCUGGAUAUCUCUGGCACGGAGCUGCGGAGGCGACUAAAGUCAGGGGCGCAUAUCCCUGACUGGUUCAGUUACGAGGCUGUGGUGACGAGGUUGCGAGAAAGUUACCCACCAAGGAACAAGCAGGGCUUUGUUCUCUGCCUCACUGGCUUCUACAACUCUGGAAAGAACAUCAUUGCAAAGGCCCUCCAAGUCGCACUCAACGAACAGGGCGGUCGCAGCGUAUCCCUUCUCCUUGGCGAGACCAUACGAGAUGAUGACGUCAAGUUAGGUUUCACACCGGACGAGCGUCACGAGAACCUGCAACGCAUAUCCUUUGUAGCAGGCGAACUGGCCCGCGCGGGGGCCGCUGUCAUUGCUUCACCUAUAGCCCCUGAAGAACGGUCACGAGCGUUAGUGAAGGAUACUAUUCUCCAAAAUGGCGGCGCAGGAGGGAACUUUUUCCUGAUUCAUGUUGCGACACCUCUCGAACAUUGCGAGAGCACUGACCGCAAGGGCAUUUAUGCUCAAGCGCGUCGCGGAGAGAUAAGGGGUUUCGUUGGUGUUGACACCGAGUAUGAGGCACCCAAGAAAGCAGAUCUGGUUGUGGACGUGACCACACAGAGUAUACCUUCCAUCGUGCACAGUAUCGUUCUCUUACUUGAGACAACUUCACUGAUAUGAGUGCUCACAAUACCAUGACGACUAGAGUAUAGCAUCGCAUUACAAGAUCAUUAUUUUCGGGUAUAGAUUGGUGCUACAAAAGCCAACUUGUAAAUUAUGUCUAGCAUUGUAUUGGAACAUACAUGAGUCGUAUUCGUCUCAAUCAAACAUGCUCUUUUCACGGCGUA